AUCUAUCUCUGCUAAAUUAGGAGAAAAAAUACUGUGCAUGGCAGCAGAAGACAUAUUUGACAUAACUUGCACUAGGCGACAAUCAUUGUCUCUUAAUCAUGUCCAUGACAUGCUCUCAAACAAAGUCUUCGAAAUUCAGCUAAGGAAGUCAUCUUGGGGCAGCUCAAAUACCAAACAUGCAACCUUGUCCGUUCUCUCCUACAUCGAAAAAACACAUACACCACAGAGCACUACUGAUAGGACUUCUAAAAAGAUUAAACCUUUGGAAAUAAAUGAGGUAGAAGUCACGACAACAAUUAGUGCAACUGGUUCUUCAAAUCCAAUGCCAAAAUUUGAACCACCACACCAACGAAAAGCUGUAAAAGGAACUCUGUCACCCCAUUUUGUCACUUUUGCUUAUAAUAGGGACACUACAAUGAAUGACUCUCCCUAUGCUCUGGUUUUUUGCAUGAGGAACAUUAGCUAUGGAGAAGCAAACUGCAGCAUCCUCUAAAUAUGUCAUAAACAAUGACAUGCUAAUCUUAUUUAGCAAAACUGCAACAUGUACUAUAUUAUUUUGCUUAUAUUACAUUACUUAGUAUGUGCAAAUCGUUAAAAUCAACACCAUGCUAAUGUCUAUUGUACAUAUUAAUAUAAUA